UGUGUUGUUAAAAGUGAAAUACGUUACACUUUGUAUCAAAUUUGUUUUCAAUUUCAUUUGUAAAAUACAUCAUUUAUCAUUAUGUGGAGUUCGAGAAAUGCAAUAACGCAGAUAGCAGUGAUGGUGCUAGUGUUUACUAUCAUACCGGAUUUCAUAUUGGCCUUACGUAAUGUCAGUGUGACCAUACCGUUGGCUGUUAAACGUGGUGAUAAUGCGAUUUUAAUCUGUAAUUACGACAUUGAAAAUGACACACUGUAUACGGUUAAAUGGUAUCGAGGACGUCGUGAAUUUUAUCGUUACACGCCAAAAGAGAAUCCAGCAUGGAAAAUAUUCCCAUCAACAAAUGGUUUAAACGUGGAUACCACUCAAUCAAAUGCCAGUUUUGUUUUCUUACGAAACGUUUCCACAACGAUAACAGGCCGUUAUGCCUGUGAAAUAUCGGCAGAUGCACCGUCAUUCCAUACCUCCAUAAUGUCGGGAGAAAUGGAUGUAAUUGAACUUCCCACUCAACGUCCAAUUAUAACUGGAAUUCACUCACGCUAUCGUUUAGGCGAUGUUAUAAAUGGCAAUUGCUCAUCAGAUUAUUCAAAACCGGCAGCAAAUUUAACCUGGUGGAUAAAUGACAUACAGGUGCCUCCAAAUUACUUGCGUACGCAUGAAAUACAAAAGCAUGUCGAAGAACAGUUGGAAACUUCGGUAUUAGAAAUUAAUUUUAUUGUAACACUGCAACAUUUCAUAAAGGGAAGAUUAAAGCUCAAGUGUUCUGCGCGAAUACAUCGAAUUUAUCAUGCUGAAACUGAAAAAUACAUAGAAGAGGACAGACCUAGAAUACUGGCUUCGGGCAGAUCUCCAGAAACAUUCCCCUAUGAUCAUAAUGAUGAAUUUGAUGACGAAAAUGGAUUAUAUUUGACGCACUAUAAAAAUUAUCAUUCUUCUGGCCAAUCGACUUUAAUAAAUCUUAAUAGCAUUACGAGAUUUAUGUAUAUGAUGCUACCAAUGAUAAGUAGCUUAUUUUUUGUAAUAUUUAACAAAAAUAUAUUGAAUCCUUUGAGACUUGUACGACAACAGCAUCAUCGACAACAAAGAGAACACCAGCCACAACAACAAUAUACAACGAGUUUUUUACAAAACCAUAAAACAAAACCUCUACAGCAGAGACAGCGACAGAAUCGGAAACAGCAACAAUUUCAACAAAGACAACAACAGCAAGAGCAAGAGCACCGGUACUGCCACAUCAAUUGCCUUGACGAUAAUUAUAACAAAGAUGAUGAUGACGAUAACGAUAAUAACAAUGAUGAUGAUUACAAUAAUAAUAAUGAUAAUAAUUAUAAUGGCAGUAGUAGUAGUAGUAGUGGUGGUUAUGAUGUUGAUAAAGUAAGACUAACAGCAAAAACAACAGCAUUAAGAAGAAAAUUACCGUGUAAAAGAAAUAAAAAUGAAAUCCAAAAUUCACACUCGUAUAAAUGCCAAAGACAUGUUAUAAUUGCUACGAACACAAAUACGGAUUCAGCUACAAAUGGAAUUAAUACCAACGAUAUGAGGUGGUAUUGGCAGGAAGAGAAUUGUCUUUUAAAGAAAUAG